AUGGCUGAGCAGAGGCCAAAGAUGUUACGGAGGCCCGCGUGGACGGGACCCCAGGGGCCUUGUGGAUGCGAUGGAAGCCGGCGCUCGGCCUCGCGCUCCCCUGGCUACAGGCCGUGCAGCCUGUAUCUUGCGAGGGCAGUCUCUGGGUCAAUGGGCUCCGUGGGAAUGCGACUUUCCGAGUUCAGUUGCUUCAGACUACCUACCGCUAGCGGCAUCCCGCGGCCACGUGGCUGCCCAAAGCUUCGCAUCCUGAGCGCGGGUCGCAGGAGUGAAACUGAAGCGAGCCCUUUAAGAUUAUGCCCACUGGACGCGUGCAGGCCUCUGGGGAGGAGGGCCGGGGCGGGGCGAUUCAGCCCCGCCCACUCUCCGGGCCCGCCCCCGGCGCCCCCGCCCCGCCCCCCGCACUCCGCCGGCGGCGCCUUUGAUGUUCGGACCCGCCAGCUCCGGAGCCGUGCAGCCUGGAGCCCGCGCCCCUCGCCCGCAGCCCGCCCAGGCGGAGUCAGCCCGCGCUCCGCCCGCCGCGAUCCAGGCUCGGAGGUCCGAACUCCGGACUCGCCGCCUUCCGGGCCGGCUCCGCGCCCCGCACUCCCGCGCCCCGCGCUCCGGCGGGCGGAGCGCACCAUGCCGCAGCUGGACUCCGGCGGGGGCGGUGCGGGCGGCGGCGACGACCUGGGCGCCCCCGACGAGCUGCUGGCCUUCCAGGACGAGGGCGAGGAGCAGGACGACAAGAGCCGCGACAGCGCUGCGGGCCCCGAGCGCGACCUGGCCGAGCUCAAGUCGUCGCUAGUCAAUGAGUCCGAGGGCGCGGGGGGCCCGGGGCCCGGCCCCGGGACCCGCGGCGAGGCCGAGGUCGGGCCCGAGGCUCUCGGGCGGGAACACACUUCGCAGAGACUGUUCCCCGACAAACUUGCAGAGCCUCUGGAGGAUGGCCUGAAGGCCCCAGAGUGCGCCAGCGGCAUGUACAAAGACACCGUCUACUCCGCCUUCAAUCUGCUCAUGCACUACCCACCCGCCUCUGGAGCAGGGCAGCACCCGCAGCCGCAGCCCCCGCUGGUAAGUGGCCCCAGCUGCGCAGCCACCCUGUCCCUGCUACCUCCUUGACCAUUUAUGUGAGGCAUGGGCAAGAAGUGACUUUUGCCUAGAACAAAGUAGAUGCAUGAGGACUCUGUUCUCCUCUCUUUUCCCAUACAUAGUCUGCGGACUCUAAACCAGGAGAACCUUGCUGAAGGAAGGAGAACUGCCCUGGGCACCCAGCUUCCCUCUAGCUGUUGGGUUUUGGUUUCUCAGCUUGCCCACAGGCAGGUGCAGGCCCUGUCCUGGUGCUAGGUAAUGCUGGGGUGGAGUCUUCUCUGAGAACUUCUGUGCCCAGACCACCUCUCCUGCGAGUGGUGUGCAGAAUGUGGUCUGAGCUGUGAGCUUUGCAGUUAGCCUUCUCCCACUAAGUCCUGGGCCUUGGUAGUUGGAGGAAUGGGCAGAAAAGCAGGUCCCCAUCAGAUCUGGUUGUGCAGGAGAAACAUGCUCUGCCCACUCUGGCCUUAUUGACAACGCAUGCACCCAUGCCAGAGAAAGACCCUGAACAGGACGUGUGGAAAGUGGGUUUUUAUGAAGCUGACUUGGUCUGAAACACACCAGGAAGGGUUAGCUGAGAUAUUUAAAUCAGUAGUGUCUGUAAGGGGCCUGAUAAAUGAAUUUGCAAAUUAACUAAGUUUAAGUUCUCAGUGCUUUGAAAAGAUGCCAUGAUCAGUAUGAACCAUGCUUUUCUGCCUAGUGGUGCAGACGACCUAGAGUAAGAAGAGCCUGUUCUGAGUGCUUUGGAGCAGGAAGCCUGCACUUAAAAAAAAAAUUCUGAUUAGUGUUCAGACAGUCCUGAGUUGGCCCAAGUCAGGGGUGAGAUUAGAGUCCCUGUUGUACACAAAAGGUCAGGGGGACUCUGGUGAGCAGGUGUCAGGUACAAAUGUGCAGGUGGGAGGCUCAACUGGCUAGUGGCGGGGGUCACCCGGAGGAAGAAGAGUGACUGACAGGCUGUUUCAGAUUGGGAAUGAGGAGGGUUGGUUCUGAACACUGACACCGAAGCUGGUGGGAAGUGAGAAUACCAAUUGAGGCUUUUCUCCAGAAACCCAGGAUGGAAAACCUGGUAGACGGCUGACUCUAGAAAUGAGCUGCUUGCCUUUGGACCCCCAUUUCCUCAUCUGUAAAAGAAGCAUGUUGAUUUAGUGGUUUGUAUGACUUUGUGCUCUGGAGUGGCUCCUUCUAUGAGGUGUUUGUCUCAUUCUAAGCCUGUGGGGCAGGGAGCUUGCCCUCUGACCUUGCCGCCUGAUGCGGCAGCUCUUCUCAGACAACUCUGCCCUGUAGGAGCAGACUCUUAGAUACUUUCUGUGCUCCCUGAAAGGGUGAAUUUUGGACCAAGUUGAUAUAACCCACCAUUGCCAAACCACCUGCAGGUGAGUAGGUUGGACAGGGCUGGGGUCACUGUGAGAACUAUGACCAGACGUUAGGCCUAUGUGGUCCUACCAAAGCAGGCUCCCCUUUGGCACCUUGUGAUUCCACAGCAAUACAGGAAAAAGACUGUGUUUCUGAGUUCCUUUCACAGCGUGGCCAAGUGGUAGGAAAGUGCCCAGAGUGGGAGGGCCUCAUGCUCUGUAAGGGUGUGCUGAUGGGACCAUUUGGUGUCCUUUAGCUCACACUGGUCAGAGGGUAGGCAGCUGGGCG